AUGAAAGAUGAUGAUGAUGAUGAUGAUGAUGAUGAUGAUGAUGAUGAUGAUGAUGAGAUGAUGAUGAUGAUGAUGAUGAUGAUGAUGAUGAUGAUGAUGAUGAUGAUAUGGAUGAUGAUGAUGAUGGUGGUGUUGUGCCAACGUCUGAUUGAUCAUCAAUAUCAAGGAGACGAGGGUUAUGCAUCAGCCAGUGCUGGACACUGA